AUGAACUUCGAAGUGGAUCGUUAUACACCUGCUUGGGCACAUAUCGCCCUUUGUGCGGAUCUCACAUGGUCUACAGAACCACCAGAUGAUUUUAUCAUAGCAAAUCAGCGCCUUUGGGCACAACAUUGUCGUGUUUCGCAAGUUCUUCAAGAAACAACAUCAGAAUCACCACAGGUUAUUCAACCUGCUAAUCAAUGCGGAGUAACAGAUUCCCACGUAACGACGGGACAAGAAAAUGGAAAAUGUUCUCGGAAAAGUGUAAAGGACGUAAUACCAGAUUCAAGAUUGGCUCAAUUUUAUGGAAAUUUUUAUUACGACGAUAUCAGAGAAAAUUCAUACAAGAUCGCUAAAGAGAAAACACCUGGACGCGGUUAUAGCGGUCUUGGAUGUGACAAUUCUGACCUUACAGAAUGCUGGAUGCUGCCAGAGGUGGACUAUUGGUUCCGGAAACUGAUGGACGACACUGGAGAGCGUAUACCAAGACGUCGUAGACAAUACAGAAUGCCCAUAGAGGACGAUUUCGGGCGCUGGGGCCCCAGUGGGGCAGCAGAAGCUGCGGGUGAAGUUGCAACAUUAGAGGCCCGUGUCCGUAGUGUUCGUGCACUCUGGGAAACGUCGGAGCACGGUAGACCCCAGCCUUUACGAGCCCCAAGUCCGCCACCCCCGUCACGUAAGAUGAGGGCAAGACGAAGGCAGCCUCGUCGCUUAAACAUUUGUACUCCUCCACCAGUAUACUGCCUCGACGCACCAGCUCAGCUUUGCUACGAUCCGACUUGUAAAUUUCAGUUUGACUCACCAAGACCACUACAUCUAACUGAUUGUCAGCGGGCUAUGGGCAGAUUAUCAGCUAGCGUCCAAGCUAUCAUGCGAGCGAACGCAGUUAGGUGUCCUAUGUAUCGAGGGACCAAUGUGAGUCGGUAUAUUCCGACUGGCCAGCGACCAAUGCGUUGUCCCGACCGACACGGGAUUUGGUGGCCGAGAGAUCAACCUACGUCAAGACUGGAUCGUCGUCUAAAGUUACCACAAGUUCAUAACGCCUCUGAUGACGUCAAUGAAAAGAAUGUUAAUAAUUCCUUGGAAAAUACAGAAAAAGAAGACUGUUCGGAAGCAAAUGAAAAAGAUACAUCUAAUCCUCAACAAUCACCUUCAACGACAGACAACUCCACAGAGAAGCUAGAAAACGCUAAAUCAACACAAAAAGAAAAGAUUGUCAUCGAUGGUCAAGCUCCAUCUACUAGCGCUGCAGUUUUGGAAAGUGAAUUAAGUAGCAAACGACUUUACAGCACCGUUUUAAGUAUGAGCGCACCGUCUCCAAUCACUUUAACGCCAGGUUGUGUUAGAUUAACACAAAAACUAGUAACACCUGGUUUAAUUAAGCUUGGUCCUAAAAUUGUUUUAUCAAAUAGAACGCGACCACCGAAUGUUGAAGUAAAAUUCGAAGAGCUAGAAAAAGAAGCCUUAGAACAGUAUAAAGCGUCUGAUGAAAGUAUUGACACAAAAUUCCGGGAGUUAGAAAAGCAAGCGGUGGAACAAUAUAGUACCAGCAAUAGUAACACAAGCUGCAGCAGCGGGAAUUCAACGGAAAAACGAACACCAAGCGAACAUUCUACGCCAAAAGGAAAUCAAAAAUCAAGAACACAAAUGUCGAAAUUAAACAAGGAUAUAUCUGUAGAUAGUGUCGUUAUAUACUCGCAAAAUUUUCCCGAUCUUAACGCCAAAAACCAUACCAAGAGUGCAAUCAAUUUAAAAAACUUCCACAACCCCCCGAGGGGGGAAAAAAAGGAAAACCAUAGGUCCAAUAAAAAUUUGAGAAAUUUUAAAAGUGAUUCUCAGCGAGCCGCAUCUGAUACCGAUUAUGAAGCAAAGCCUAAUCAUAGAGGAAAUUAUAAGGGUCCAUUGAGAUGGACUUUACACGUGAUGCCGCCAAAGAAAAGACAUUUAGCCGUUUGUGUAUCAGACUUUUCUUCCGAUGAAGAUAUAGAGGAAGUAGCAAAUGGUUCGUUGAAAGAUGCCGGGCCGUGCAUUAAAAACCAUAUUACUGGUAAAGUCAAAAUGUCUGCACAUGGCGGAGGAGACUUGAAUCCCAUUAUGAGGAAAAUGUAG